GAGAGAGAGAGAGAGAGAGAGAGAGAGAGAGAGAGAGAGAGAGAGAGAGAGAGAGAUAGGACUUCCUCCCGAUUCGCAAAGUGAAGUCACUUCCCAAAAUUAGCUGAAAAAAAAGUUUCAUCCGGUUAAACUGUCUCUUUUUCAAUCCGCUACAACAACAAACGUGCACAGGGGAGCGCGGGCAGGGCGCUCGCAGGGGGCACGCAGGGAGGGCCCAGGGCGCCGCGGAGGCCGCGCCCGGCUACUACGAAGGGGCUGCGAGGUCAGGCUGUAACCGGGUCAAUGUGUGGAAUAUUGGGGGGCUCGGCUGCAGACUUGGCCAAAUGGACGGGACUAUUAAGACCUGAGCUCCUUAAGGACAAGGAUGUGACUUUUUCACUCUCAUGUAUCUUGUCCCUGUGCUUUACCGAAUGCCUGACACGUACGUAGUAAGUCCUCCAUAAAGUUGGGAGGCUCUCUCGGUGGUGAGUGACGACCAGUCCCUGUUCGACUCCGCCUACGGCGCGGCCCAUCUCCCCAAGGCCGACAUGACCGCCUCAGGGAGUCCUGACUAUGGCCAGCCCCACAAAAUCAACCCCCUCCCACCACAGCAGGAGUGGAUUAAUCAGCCGGUGAGGGUCAAUGUCAAGCGGGAGUAUGACCACAUGAAUGGAUCCAGGGAGUCUCCGGUGGACUGCAGUGUUAGCAAAUGCAGCAAGCUGGUCGGUGGGGGCGAGUCCAACGCCAUGAACUACAACAGCUACAUGGACGAGAAGAACGGCCCCCCUCCUCCCAACAUGACCACCAACGAGAGGAGGGUCAUCGUCCCUGCAGACCCCACGCUGUGGACGCAGGAGCACGUGCGGCAGUGGCUGGAGUGGGCAAUAAAGGAGUAUGGCUUGAUGGACAUCGACACAGCCUUUUUCCAGAACAUGGACGGCAAGGAACUGUGUAAAAUGAGCAAGGAGGACUUCCUCCGAGCCACCUCCCUCUACAACACAGAAGUGCUGUUGUCACACCUCAGUUACCUCAGGGAAAGUUCACUGCUGGCCUACAACACAACCUCCCACGCAGACCAGUCCCCACGGCUGAGUGUCAAAGAAGACCCUUCUUACGACUCGGUCAGGAGAGGAGGAUGGGGCAGUAACAUGAAUUCCGGCCUCAACAAAAGCCCUCCCCUUGCAGGAGCACAGACAAUGAGUAAGAAUGCUGAACAACGGCCCCAACCAGAUCCCUAUCAGAUCCUGGGCCCAACCAGCAGUCGCCUAGCCAACCCCGGAAGCGGGCAGAUCCAGCUGUGGCAGUUCCUCCUCGAGCUACUCUCCGAUAGCGCCAACGCCAGCUGCAUCACCUGGGAGGGGACCAACGGGGAGUUCAAAAUGACGGACCCCGAUGAGGUGGCCAGGCGCUGGGGGGAGCGGAAAAGCAAGCCCAACAUGAAUUACGACAAGCUGAGCCGGGCCCUCCGAUACUACUAUGAUAAAAACAUUAUGACCAAAGUGCAUGGCAAAAGGUAUGCCUACAAAUUUGACUUCCACGGCAUCGCCCAGGCUCUGCAGCCCCACCCAACCGAGUCGCCCAUGUACAAGUACACUUCUGAUAUCCCCUACAUGCCCUCCUACCACGCCCAUCAACAGAAGGUGAACUUUGUCCCUCCCCAUCCAUCCUCCAUGCCCGUCACUUCCUCCAGCUUCUUCGGAGCAGCCUCACAAUACUGGACCUCCCCCACGGGUGGAAUCUACCCCAACCCCAAUGUCCCCCGCCAUCCUAACACCCACGUGCCCUCACACUUAGGCAGCUACUACUAGAAGCUUAACCAUCCGUGGUCUCCAUCCACUCUGAAGCCUCAUCCCCUACACUUCCUGGAAUACUUUGGACUGGCAGGACUUUGAAGACAAAACGAAACUGGAUGUUCUUUCUUGUUGAAUAGAACCUUUGUAUUUGUUCUUUAAGAAAACAACCCUUUCUUUUUAAAUGUUGGUAACUUUGGCUUCAUCUACCUUGAACAAAGAAAAGGAUAAUUCUCUGGGCCAGCGAGGCCAGUUUGGAUUCUCAAUCUCCUCUCAUCUUAUGUGUUGAAUACUUAGAUUACUGGAAUGGUUGUAUCAUGGUUCUGUGAGAGAAACUGUACAUUUCCUUUAUACUUUUAUGACCAAAGCAGUUUCUUAUCAACACACGGGUCUUAUCAUGGACUUCGUAGGGCCAUGACAGUAUGAGAAAGAAUCGUAACUCAACCAGUUAGGCUCUGGUUUGAGACUUUGGGGAACUAAAAACAGGCAGUCUAUGAUCUUGUUUUGGGAGCACCUAAUUCAGUGGAUGGCAACUGGAACAUUGGUUGUAAGGCCAGUGAAGUUUUCAGCCAACUGGAAUUUAGAAGAAAAUCUCAUGUGUGUAUACUUAAGGGACCAAGAGCAUCGCAAAAUUCCUCUGGGUGGGCAAUGUGUAAGAAGCUGAUCAUUCUCUCUAGAAAUAGUCAAGAUAUGAACUAAGAUAUGUUAAUGCAAGUGCAGACACUCCUGACGGACAGAGAGCUAAAUAACUGUCUUUUGUUUUUGUUUUUAAGUAACGACAAUGGGUCCCAGAACUUUGAGAAGUCUUAGGGAUUUCCAAUCACAAACAGAUCCGCAAGCGCUGUGCGCUUGUCAGAGCAUCGGUCCAGGGUCACCCAAUCCGGAGGCAACUUACUGUAUAAAUUAUGCAGAGUUAUUUUCCUAUAUCUCACAGUAUUAAAAGUAAAUAAUUAAAAAGUUAAAAAGAAUAAAUAAACGAGUUGACCUCGGUCACAAAUACAAUGUUGCUAUCAAAUCAGUCGUUGUUAUUUUUUUAAAUGUAAUUUGUACAUCUUUUGUCAAUCUGUACAUUUGUGCUGUUUGUACGUUUUUAUAGCUGGGUUUUAAUGCAUAAUGUGACUUUGCUGCCUAGAAAACAGGAUGUUGAUGUUGCUGACUUACUAGAACGAGAAGCACUGGUGAAGAUAUUUAACGGAGCAUGGAUGAGUGAGCAGGGUGAUCCAUUUAAACCCUUGCGCUUUUGGAGGCGUGUGUACAUAACAUACUGCAGUCACCACAACUUUGAAAAGAGCAAGCAAACCUUCUCUUGUGGAUACAAGGGAUGUUCCUGCCCCAUAUAUGCAAUAUAUUUUUAGAUAUUAAAGUAUAUAUAAUUUUACAGGUAACCAUUGACCUUUUUAAACUAUAUUAAGUGUUAAGCUGACAACUGUCACUGAAGACUCUGUUGUGAAAUAACUUGACUCAAUAAAUCGUGCCUUCUUCUCUCAGA